AUGGCUAGAACCAUGAUUAACGAAACAAAUGUGGCUAAGCACUUUUGGGCUGAAGCAGCACGUCUGGCCAGAGAGGCAGAAGAGAGAGCUAGAAGAGAAGCUGAAGAGAAGGCUCGCUUGGAGGAAGAACAAAGAGCAAGAGAAGCUACAGAGAAGGACGUUGUUGAGGUUGUUGCUGUUGCUGAAGCUGAAGCCAAAGCAAAGGCUAAUGCUGAAGAAGCAGCACGCAUAGCUGUAGAAGAAGCCGUUAAGGUAGGGAACGACGCUCUGACUCAGGGGGAGAAAUCUCACUCUGACUUUGGUCCUCUAUUGUUGAAGACUCUGGAAGAGCUACAGAAGGAGCAGCAGAUUGUGAGAGCCAGACUGGAUCAACAGGACUCUAUCAACUCCAACAUUCAGAACCUAUUGUCUCAGUUGCUUCAGAGGAUACCACCUCCUCCAAAUUCUUAG